AUGUUGGGAAAAAACCUUGCCUCCUGCAUCGCUCUGCUGCCUCUCCUUAGCGGACAGUCAGCAGCCGCCCCUGCGCCUUCUAAGUGCACCUUAUCAACCACCGAGACGUGGGAAGUACUCAAGCCCUUGGUCGGAGGCCCCCGCCAGGAGCACGCUGCUGUUGCUGUCGGUGACAACAUCUACGUUGUCGCAGGCAUCGAACCCGACGCAAGCCAGCCAACGGGUGUUUCCACAAUCGACUCUGUGGAGGUGUACAACGUCCCCAAAGACGAAUGGUCCUUCGCCGCGCCGCUUCCGAUCCCCAUGAACCACGCCAAUGCCGCUGCGGCCAAUGGCAAGGUCUACAUCCUCGGCGGGCUGUCUGGCGGCGCGGCUUUCCACGCACUGCCCAAUUGCUACGAGUAUGAUCCUGCGACGAAUGUGUGGACUGAGCUCCCGCCCAUGCCCAAUGGCACGGAGAGGGGCAGCUCCAUCCUUGGUGUCACUGGCGAUAGGAUUAUUGUUGCCGGUGGCAUCAGUCUGCUAGAGCUUGGAGAAGAUGGGCUCCAGGAGACUGUUGAUACUGUUUCGUCUUACAACUUCGUCACAAAGGAAUGGGAGUCAUUGCCUAGUCUACCUGAAGGCCGUGAGCACGCCGGCGGCGGCGUUAUCGGAAAUAACUUUUACGUUGUCGGCGGCCGAUUCCGUAGCCAGACGGCAGUCCGCGACACAGUCUACGUCCUCGAUCUCAAGACGCUCAAAUGGAGCGAGCGAGCGCGCAUGCCCACUCCUCGAGGCGGUGUCUCGGUGGCUAUCGUCGGGCAACGAAUUUACACAUUCGGAGGAGAAGGAAACCUGGACCCGGAGGCUGGGUUUGUGUUUAACGAGACGGAGGUUUAUGACGCACGCGCCAACUCCUGGGAGAAGCUUCAGCCGAUGAACACACCUCGUCACGGCAUGGCGGCUGUCGCGUACAACGGGAGCGUCUAUACGCCUGGUGGUGGCAUUCGCGACUUUGGCAUCGUUGACAAUAUGGAGGUUCUCCACCCCAGCACACUUAGCUGGUAA